AUGUCUCUAAAAGUAGGUUACAUUCCAGAGCACUUUGCCACUCCUUUGGUGUUUGGCGAAAAGAAGGGUUUCUUCAAAGACCAAAAUGUCGAAGUCGAGCUGGUUCCAUUCCCUAGCGGGUCCGGCCACUUGAUCCAAUCGCUCAACGCUGGUGAGAUUGACGUCGCCAUUGGCCUCACGGAAGCGUUUGUGCGUGGUAUCGCGGAUACCGAAAAGAACACCAAACCAAAGUACCAGAUAGCAGGCACGUUUGUGAAGUCUUCCCUUGAAUGGUGUGUCUCUACCGGCAGCAAGCGCGACGAUCUAACAGACUUGAAGAGUCUGGAGGGCAAGAAGAUAGGUGUGUCGAGAAUUGGCAGCGGGUCUCAUGUCAUGAGCUAUGUGAUGGCUUUGCAGCUGGACUUCGAAAAGCCAUUUGCGGACUUCCCGGUAUGCAACACUUUUGACAAACUACGGGAAAGCGUCAACUCUGGCGAGUCCGACGCUUUCAUGUGGGAAUACUAUACAUCCAAAAAGUACCUGGACUCUGGUGAGAUCAAAAUGCUCGGUCAUGUUGCAUCGCCAUGGCCAUCAUGGGUGGUGGUCAAACGCACUGACGUGGACAUGAAGCCUUUUAAGGGAUUCAUCAACGCUUUGAAUAAGGGGAUCGACUACUUUAACAAGAACAAGGAAGAAGCCCUUGAUGUUAUCACAGAGAAUUUUGGAUACUCUCAUGAGGAUGCUGCCAACUGGUUCAAAACCGUCAAAUAUCACACUGACUGUGGUGAAAUCAACGAUUUGCACGGUGUAGUUACCGGAACACUGCACAUAUUAACCACUGCAAACGUUCUGGAAAACAAAGACGAAAUGGUAGUUGAGGACAACAUGCGGGAUGGUACUCUAACCUCCUGA